CCACCUGCCCCUGACGAAAACAAAGACGAUCUUGGUUCCUCUAAUUGCUUCAUAAAAAAGGCUUUCCUGCUCGCAAAAUGACCUCUUCCUCGAUUACUAGUGCAAACUCCGCGUCACAAAAGUCCACACCCGCGUCAUCACCACCACCAGCCGAUAUGGAUACAGAAGGUGUGUCAAAGUCGAUGCAGGAGGAAGAGCAACGCAUGAGAUCACAGCGCGAGAAACAUGACGCGAAACGCGACGCGCAAUUAGAGAAAGAGAGACAAGAGGACAUUAAGAGUGGAAAAGACAUUUUGGAUAAAAAGUUCCAGCAAUUGGAGUUCUUGAUGAACAAAAGUAAGUUGUACGCGACGGUCAUGCUUGCGCAAAUGCAACGACAAGAAGACGAAGAGAAAGCACAAGACGAGAAGACACAGGGCCAAACCUCGAAACGAGAAAAGAAAGCCGAGCAAGUGGCAGCCGAGUCACAACGACGAGCGACACGCGGUUCGGUAGCAAGCGGGGCAUCGAAGUCAAAAAUAGAGGAUGAAGAUACAGCACCCAAGAAGAAGGGCCGCGGGCGACCGAAGAAGCAAGAUGCGAAGAUAUCGAGCUACUUCAGAAAGGAAGAUAUCGAGAGUAAGACAGACAUCAAGAAUGUGGCCGACGCGCUGAAGGAGGCUGCGGACGAGGACAACAUAAGGACAGGUGACGUUGGCAUACAGAACCUUAGGUCAGCGCGACAACCGAAACUGGUCACAGGGGGCACAAUGCGGUCAUACCAGCUGGAAGGACUUGAGUGGAUGCUGUCACUCUACGAGAACGGUAUCAAUGGCAUUCUGGCGGACGAAAUGGGCCUGGGCAAGACUAUCCAAACAAUCGCCAUGCUCGCGCAUCUGUGGGAGAACAAGUCUUACGGUCCCUUCUUGAUCGCUGCACCUCUCAGCACGACGAGCAACUGGGUCGCAGAGUUUGAAAAGUGGACACCAAGCUUGCCGGUCAUGCUAUACCAUGGUGAUAAGAAGGAGCGGGAGAGAUUGCGCAAUACAAGACUUCGGAACCCUGGGACGGACCAGUUUCCUAUCAUGGUCACCAGCUACGAGAUCUGCAUGAACGAUCGGAAGUAUCUCACUAGCUUUGGUUGGCAAUUCAUCAUCAUUGAUGAAGGACAUCGUAUCAAAAAUCUCGAUUGUCGCCUUAUCCGCGAACUACAGCAGUUCCAGUCCGCCAAUCGUCUGCUCAUUACUGGUACACCGCUCCAGAACAAUCUUACUGAAUUAUGGUCAUUAUUGCACUUCCUUCUACCAACGGUGUUCGACAAGCUCUCAACAUUCGAAAGCUGGUUCGACUUUUCUGGCCUGAAGGACAAGUCGAGCUACGAGCAGUUGCUUUCAGAAGAACGGCAACAAUAUCUCGUAAAAUCACUGCACGCUGUAUUAAAGCCGUUUUUGCUACGCCGUGUGAAGACAGAUGUUGAGAGUUUGAUGCCCAAGAAGCGGGAGUAUAUCCUAUUCGCACCUCUUACAGCAAUGCAGCGUGAGUUGUACCAGGCCAUCCUCGAUGGUACAAGCCGUUCAUUCCUAGAGGAGAAGGCAGUCGAGAGACUUAGCGUUGGCCUCAACAGCGGAGCAGCAACACCUCUUAGUAUCCGCAGCAAUAAUGGUAGCCGAAAGCGGAACGCGUUAUCAGAUGUCAGUACUCCUAACAAAAGCGCAAAGACAUCUCGUGCAGGAACACCAGCGUCCGUCGCAUCCAAUCUCAGCCGCACUCGACCAAGGAGGAACUAUGAAGAAGUCAGCGACACGCAGUACUUUGCAGACUUGAACAAAGAGGAUAGCGAGCCUGAGGAGGAAGAUGAGCUCGAUUCUGAGGGAGAAGAGGAGAAGAUACGUGCUGCGACGUUCGAAAUUGCAAAGCGGCAACUCAUGCAGAAGAAGCUGGGUAACCCCGUCAUGCAGCUCCGACUGUGCUGUAACUCACCCUACAACUUCUUUAACCCGUUUAUCAAGGCGGAUACAGACGGUUCUGAGAUAUUCGCAUCGGAGACUGAACCUGAUGAGAGCCUUGUAAGCACGUCAGGGAAGAUGCUACUACUCGAUUCUCUGUUGCCGGAGUUAAUAAGAAGGGGCCACAAGGUGCUGAUCUUCAGCCAAUUCACAACAACGCUCGAUCUUCUCGGCCAUUAUCUCGACUUGCGGUCCUGGAAGUAUGCUCGCAUCGACGGCUCAGUCGCGCAAUCUGAUCGUCAAGCACAGAUCUUGGCGUUUAACAAACCGUCCGAGGCGAAAGAAGCGACAGACAUCUUCAUCCUAUCUACUCGAGCGGGCGGCCAGGGCAUCAAUCUCGCAGCCGCUGACACCGUCAUUCUCUUCGAUAGUGACUGGAACCCACAGCAAGACCUCCAAGCAAUGGACCGUGCACAUCGCAUCGGGCAAACGAGAAACGUCAUUGUGUACCGCUUCGCGACACGCAACACUGUCGAGCAGAAGCUACUCGAGAGUGCUGAAGGGAAACGACGGCUUGAGAAACUUGUCAUUCGCAAAGGCGGCGUCCGAAAUGAUAGAGGCAAAACUAGCGGCGUUGAGAAGGAGCAAGAAGUUGAAGAGUUGCAGAAGCUGCUCAGAAGAAGCGACGGUGAACGGUUUGACAUUGAGGGCACUGAAAGCGGAAAUCUUCUGGGGGAGGAGGAAAUGGAAAUCUUGCUAGAUAGGAGCGAUGACGCAUAUGAGAGGGCGGAGAAAGGAUUGGAUAUAGGUGGAGACGGGGCGGUUUUCCAGGCUGUGGGGAAGAGAGAUGAAGGUGCUCUGAUGGAGGGGUUGAAAGCAUAGAGCUGGUAGGGUAUUAAGACAAUCAGUGAUUUAGGAUUAAUAAUUAUUGAAGAAACGGAAU